AUGACGAGUAAAUCUGCAGACAAGCAGACCACGCUGGUUCAAUCUGUCCCAGUGUCAGCGAUCGAGGAUGCAGAGCUUUCGUUUCUGUUUUCGAAGGAUGAGCAUAACCAGGGCUUUUGGACCGCCAUGCGGCUGCACUGGCCCGCGGUGGGGUGGGGUUUAUUCAUGAAUCUGGCAACUAUUCUUAAGGGGAUCGACGGGGGUGUAGUGAAAGGUCUCGUCGGCCUGGACGUGUUCAAGGAGACCUAUGGUUACAAAUACAACGGAACUUACAUGAUCGCCGCGCAGUGGCUUUCGGCCUUCAACUAUGCCAACCUGCUCGGUGCUAUUGUAGGUGCUCUCUGCUCUGGAGCUGCCUACAACCGCUUCGGGCCCCGUACCAUGAUCGCGAUAUGCUCGUGCUUGUCCAUCGCGUUCAUUUUCAUCCAGUUUUUCAGCCACACGCCCGCCCAGCUUUUCGUCGGGCAACUUGUCAACGGCGCGGUGAUCGCAUUCUACCCAAUUUGCGCUUCGGCGUACGUCGGCGAAGUGACUCCACUCGUCCUGCGCGGGUUUGCCGCAACCAUGACGAACCUGGCGUUUUCCAUCGGCUCCUUGAUCGCCUCGGGCAUCUUGAAGGGGACAGCGUCGAUGAACAGUGAGUUGUCCUACAAAAUCCCUAUCGCCACUCAGUGGGCAUUGCCCUGUGUCAUGCUGUUCCUGGUAUUCUUCUGUCCGGAUCCACCGUACUGGCUGUGUCGCAAGGGCCGAUACGACGCAGCACGCGUAUCUCUAAGUCGCCUGGCUACACCCAGCAUAGACGUAUCGCGAAAGCUGGCGCAUAUUCGAGAAACACUCCGUCUCGAGGAGGAGUUCCAGGGCGACCGGCCCCACUACAUGGAAUGCUUCCGCGGGCCUAACUUCCGCCGACUGAUGAUUUGCGUGAUGGCGUACAGCAUGCAGGCGUUCACCGGCAACGUGUUUUUCAUUAACUAUGCCGUGCACUUCAUGGAACUGGCUGGUCUGGAUUCAUCCGAUGCCUUCUCAAUGAACCUCGGUCUGACUGCCAUCGGAUUCCUGGGCACCUGUAUCUCUUGGCUGUUGCUAUCGUAUGUCGGCCGGCGAACCAUGUACCUUUUCGGCUGCUCUUCACUAGCGCUUCUGUUGUUUAUCAUCGGUGCCGUCGACCUCGCACCGCGUCAAACGAACACGGUAUGGGCACAGUGUGGUCUGAUGUUAGUCUGCACAUUUGUAUACGACCUCAGUCUCGGCCCGUUCUGCUACGUGCUUCUGGCCGAAGUAUCCUCCGCUGCGCUGCGAGGGUUUACGAUCGCUUUAGCAACGGUAGCUUGCUUCGUGUGGUCGGUAGUCUUCGCGGUCGCUAUCCCGUACGCCAUGAAUGAAGACCAGGCCGACUGGAAGGGGAAGAUUGGAUUCCUCUUCUCUGGACUUAGUGUACUGUGUGUUAUUUAUUGUUACUGGUGUAUGCCAGAAACCAAGGGGAGGACGUUUGAGGAAUUGGAUAUUCUUUUCGAAAGAAAGGUCCCCAGUCGGAAGUUCAAGUAUUAUAAGAUAGACAUUGAUAUUGACGGGAGGAGGCUGGAGGAAUAG